CCAACUGUACUUUUUUUUUUCCUGCCAAGUUAACUGUGUUCGUCGAAAUUUGUUCCUUAUAUUCUUCUAAAACCUAUAAAUAACAAUAUUUUUUAACAGUAUUCGCCAAAAAUAUGGUAGUGAAAGUGUAUAUAAGCGGAAUAUCCGGAAAUAAAGAGGUGAAAAAGCGACAACAGAGAGUUUUGCUGAUUCUUGAUUCAAAAAAUGUUAAGUAUGAAAUUUUGGAUAUCGCCGAACCCAACAUGGAAGAGGCGAAAGAGUAUAUGCAAAAUAAUUCCAAGCUUCUUGGCGGAACAAUAGGUGACCCCAACCCUAGACAUCCCCUACCUCCACAGAUUUUUAAUGAAGAAGAGUAUUGUGGGGAUUAUGACGCCUUUGAUAUGGCCAAUGAGUUGGAUGAGAUGGAGAAAUUCCUAAAAUUAGCUCCUGGUGACACAAUUAUUACUUCGAAUGUGGAAACAACCCUUGGCAAUGGAGAAGUGGUAAAUGAUGAAACUAAGGAUGCUAAAGAAAUUUCACCAGAAAAAGAUGUGCCUACUAAUGAUACUGAUGACGCAAAGCUUAAAAUCAAUGAAGAUAAUACUGUGCCUAUAAUGGAAGAAACGCAAGAACUUGAAGAAGACGCACAGGAUAAUAAAGAAAACGAGAGUGAUGAUCAAAAAAUUAAAAAUGGUAGUAGAGAAGUUGAUGUGGAGGCUACUGAAAUUGAAACUGAAAAGUCUGAAGAAGCAUAAUUGCUAUAAUAGAAGCACCUUCAAAAAAUGUCCUAUUUAUUUAUCGUUACAUUUGCUGUUUUUAUCUUUACAUAUAAAUUAUCUGGACUUGGUUUUAUUAAGUUUAAAGUAUUAUUCAUCUCUAUUCGCUUUGAGGUAAGGAACUAUUAUUGCUUGAAAUUAAACUAUAUUUUUUACAAUCACAGCAUAUGUAUGCUCAUAAAAUGUUGUAAAUAUAUCAUGUAUACUGUUUUAAGCAUUGGUCCAUUAAAUUAUUAACAUUU